AUGGAUACAGUUUAUUUAACAAUCCUUGUUGUUGUGGAGCGUGAUGCUGAUGAGUUUCGUGCUUUGGGGAAGUUCCAGAGGAACAAUCCGCCAACUUUUGAAGGAACUCAUGAACCUGACAAAGCUCAAGAGUUGUUGAAGGCGAUUGAGAAAAUAUUUCGAGUUACGAAUUGUUCAGAUGCGCAGAAGGUGCAGUUUGGCACUCAUAUGCUUGAGAAAGAAGCCAAGGAUUGGUGGCGCAACACUGUUCAGAGAUUUGAUGAGAAUGGCAUUGAACAAGGUAAUGGUACCGUAGCUGAGUAUGCUGCAAAGUUUGAGGAGUUGAUCAAAUUUUGUCCCCAUUACAAUACUGCUAAUGCUGAGAGAUCCAAGUGUGUUAAGUUUGUGAAUGGCUUGAGACCUGAUAUCAAGAAGGCAAUGGGUUGCCAACAGAUUACGAGAUUUUUAGAGUUGGUUAACAAGAGUAAGAUCUAUGAUGAGGAUAGUCGUGAGAGUGCAGCUCAUUACAAGUCCUUGCAUGAUAAGAAAGGAAAAUGGAAAUUCCAAGGGAAGCUGUAUGAUUGCAAGAAGAAAGCUGGUGAUGGAAAGAAGCCGAGUUGGGGAGGAUCUCACACUCCUGUCAAGUGCUUCAGAUGUGGUGUUGAGGGACAUCGUUCUCCUGAGUGUCCUAAGGGCGAUGUGACUUGUUUCAAGUGUGGAAAGCAAGGUCACAAAUUUUUUGAUUGCAGAGUUGGUUCGAAUGUGACUUGCUACAACUGUGGUGAGCAAGGGCACAUUAAUAGCAAGUGUAACAAGCCGAAGAAGGAGCAAGCCGAAGAAGGAGCAAGCCAAAGGAGAUUGAAUCUUAAAUUAUCUGUUAUGCAUGGAAGCAUGGUUACUGAUACUCCGCCUAUGGGUUCAGUGACUACUUCAUCUGUUUGUUUGAAAUGUUCGUUGAAUAUUUGUGAUAAAGAUUUUGAAGUUGAUUUAGUGUGCCUUACAUUGAGUGAACUUGAUGUUAUUUUGGGAAUGGACUGGUUGAGGGCCAACCAUGUCUAUAUCAAUUUUUUUGCGAAAGCUGUUCUUUUUCUUGAGCCAGAGAAGGAAGGUGAUGUAUUCUUGUCUACUCAACAAGUGAAUGAAUCUGUGCGAGAUGGUGCUGAAGUGUUUAUGUUGGUGGCAAGUUUGAAGCUUAGUGAAAAUGGAACAAUGGGUGAAUUUCCAGUUGUUCGUGAUUUUCCUGAAGUGUUUCCUGAUGAGGUUAGCGAUUUGCCGUCUGAACGUGAAGUUGAGUUCACGAUUGAUUUGAUUCCUGGUACUAGUCCGGUGUUGAUGGCUGCGUAUCGGAUGUCACCAUCUGAGUUGAAAGAGUUGAAGAGUCAACUAGAGGAUUUGCUUGAUAAGAGUGUGAUGAAUGCACCUGAUAGUGAAGAGGAUCGUGCUGCGCAUUUGAGGAUUGUUUUAUCUGUAUUGAAAGAGAAGCAGUUGUUUGCUAAAAUUUCAAAGUGCGAGUUUUGGUUGAAGGAAGUGAGUUUCCUUGGCCAUGUGAUCUCUAGUGGUGGUAUUUCAGUUGUACCUUCUAAUAUUAAGGCUAUAUCUCAAUGGGAAGCGUCAAAAUCUGUGUCUGAGAUUCGUAGUUUUCUUGGUUUGUUUACUAGGAAAGGUCAAGCUUUCAUUUGGACUGCACAGUGUGAAGCUAGUUUUCAAGAGUUGGAGAGGAGAUUGACUACUGCUCCUGUUUUGAUUUUACCGAAUCCAUCAGAAUCAUUUGUUGUGUAUUGUGAUGCUUCUUUGAUGGGUUUAGGAGAAUGCAGAAUCAACAAGUUAUAG